AUGGACAUUAUUGCUGCGAAUCAGAAUCUUUCGACGCCGCAAAGGGCAGCUAGAGUUAAUUUAAAAUCUGAUUUUGAACUUCUUUCAGAUAAGAUGGACAUUUUUUGUGGUCAAAAAUCUAGGACUCAAUGGGAUAAAGACGGGGAUAGAAAUACAAAGUUUUUCCAUAGAAUCACUAAAGUGAGGAGAAGGAAAAAUAACAUUUCUAGUUUGAAAAUCAAUGGAAAUUUCACUGAAGACAAAUCUGAGAUUAAGGAGGGCAUCACUUCUUUCUUCAAAAAUUUGUUGAAACAAGACGUCAGACAAAGACCUAGCAUCGCUAACAUGGAGUUUAAUUCUAUCUCUGAUCUUGAAGCUCAUACGUUGGAAGCUCCUCUUACUGAAGAAGAGUGCAUUGCAGCUUUGAAGGCUCUUGGUCAGGACCGAGCUCCAGGUCCUGACGGAUUUCAAGUUAUGAUUAUAGGAAAAUGUUGGUCUUUUAUGCGUCAGGACAUCAUGGGUGUUGUUAGGGAUUUCAACAAAUGGGGCACCAUGAAUUGGAGACUCAAAACUACUCUUCUUUCUUUACUCCCAAAGAAGAAUGUGGUCGAAGAAAUUAAGGAUUUCAGACCAAUAAGUCUUAUGGGAAGUAUUUACAAGAUGAUCUCGAAAGUUCUAGCGGGGAAGUUAAAGCUGGUACAUCCCAAGAUUAUUUCCUGUCACCAAUCUGCCUUCAUCAAAGGUCGUCAGAUUCUGGAUUGUGCCUUAUUAGCAAAUGAAUGCAUGAAUUCAAGAAUUAAAAGUGGAACUCCAGGAAUCAUCGUCAAAGUAGAUUUCGAGAAGGCAUUCGAUCAUGUAUCUUGGGGUUUUCUCGAUGAGGUUUUAUCUAAGAUGGGUUUCGGCCGGAAAUGGAGAACUUGGAUUCAAGGGUGUAUCUCCAACAUUCCUAUUUCAGUUCUUAUCAAUGGCUCGCCGCACCAACAAUUCACUACAGGUCAUUUGCAAUUCGCAGAUGAUACUCUAGUGUUCCUUGAUGAAUCCAGAGAGCAGGUGGAUUUUUUAAGGCAUGACUACCUUCCGGCUAAUUAUCUGGGGCUUUCUCUGGGCGAUAGUGCUUUGGGUUUGAGAAAGUGGGACGCCUUAUUAGAGAAAGUCAAGGGCAGGUUACCUUCGUGGAUAAGAUCGGUCCUCAACAAGUCAGGUAAACUCACUUUGGUGAAAAGUGUAUUAUCAAGUAUUCCUGUGUACAUGUUCUCGUUAUUUACCGCUCCGGUAAGAGUUAUAAAUAAGCUCGAAAAAGUAAUGAGCGACUUCCUUUGGGAUAAGAGCGAUACUGUAAAGUGUUAUCACCCAGUGAAAUGGAAAAAGGUUCGCACCCCGCUUUCUAAAGGGGGUUUGGGCAUCAAAUCUUUGAGAAGUAUGAAUAAAGCUUUGAUUUGUAAAUGGUGGUGGCGUUUCAAUUCUGAAAAAAAGCUCUUUGGAGAAGAGGAAUGGUCUCCAAGUACGGUUCCGCGGGUUUUGAUAGGGAAACUAAAGCUCCAAAACAGGCGCAAGGGUGUGGAGUAUGGAAAAACAUUUACAAGCAUCUUCAGGUCUUCAAAUCAAGUUCCUCUAUCAAGGAAUACUUUAGUUUUCGAAAACAUUAACUUUAAUGUGACUGAGGUCAUUAAGCAGGUGAAGAUUCAAGCUUACUGCUGGGUUCGCAAUGAUGAAGUAAUGAAGGGUAUUAAUCUUGAUUCAAUCAUCACCAAUUGGAGUACUUUAGUUCUUAAUGUAAUUAUUGUGCCUGUCUUUUUGGGUUUUGUCGAGAGCUUGUUCCUUUUGCCUUUGUUGGGUUGUCAAUUUGUAGCUCUUGAGCUUGUUUUCCUACUCCUUAUAGGUCUUUAA